ACAGCAGCAGUGAGUGUGUGGAGACGGCGGACCGGCCGGUCGUGACGUCACUCAGCAUGGCGGCUCUGGCUGGCUUGAGGGCACUGGCUAUCUGCAGUGGGGUAUCACGAGCUGCACACGCCGCCUGGUGGCAGCUCCCCCGCUCUCUGGACCGGAGGGGGAAGGGGCAGCUGCUGAUACGCGUGACCUGCGCCGCUGGGGGGCGCCAGUUCAGCUCAGAGGUGAAAAGCGAGGACGAACUGAGGGUCAAAUACCUGGAUGGAGAGGAGCAAGGAAUUGUGGUACUUGGGAUAAAUCGACCGCAUGCGAAAAAUGCCAUCAGUAAAGGUCUAGUGAAGUCGAUGCUAAAGGCUGUUGAUUCGCUGAAGGGUAAUAACAAGGUGAGGACUGUAAUCCUGCGGAGUGAAGUUCCUGGAGUGUUUUGUGCAGGAGCUGAUUUAAAGGAAAGGGCAAAAAUGCAUCCAAGCGAAGUUGGACCAUUUGUUUCAAAGGCUAGAGCAUUGAUGAAUGAAUUUGCAAAUUUACCAAUGCCAACCAUUGUGGCAUUGGAUGGAGCAGCCUUAGGAGGAGGCCUUGAGAUGGCAUUAGCAAGUGACAUCAUUGUGGCAGCUUCUUCAGCAAAAAUGGGUCUUGUUGAAACCAAGUUGGCCAUAAUUCCUGGAGCAGGAGGAACACAGCGGCUACCACGCGCGGUUGGCGUUGCUAUUGCAAAGGAGCUUAUAUUCUCUGCACGCGUUUUGGAUGGCAAUGAAGCAAAAUCCAUUGGUUUGGUCAGCCAUGUUGUAGAACAAAAUGAGGAAGGAGACGCUGCUUACCGAAGGGCUGUUGCUUUAGCUAGGGAAUUCAUAUCUCAGGGACCAAUUGCGAUGAGAAUGGCGAAAUUAGCGAUCAACCAAGGCAUUGAGGUGGACUUGGCAACAGGCUUAGCUAUAGAAGAAGCUUGCUAUGCUCAGGUUAUCCCAACAAAGGAUAGGCUUGAAGGCUUAUUAGCAUUUAAAGAAAAAAGGCCUCCACGUUUCAAAGGAGAAUAAGGAAGGACAGAAGCGCCUUCUUAAACGUAGGGUAGAAAGGGAAUCGACAUGGGGACCUUCUUUCUGUUUCUUGCCUCAGAACGUGGAAUUUCACAACCUUGGAAAUUAAAGUAAAUAUUGGAAACAUUACGGCAGCUGGAAUAUGCCCAUACAUGUACCUGUCUAAAGUAUGUGUUUCAGAUCAUUUUGAUAGUCUCUGACAGAGCCUGUGCCUACAUGCACUGUCACUCAUAUUUGCCUGGUCUAAAUUACUUGAAAUUUGAGAGACUUGAGCAGCAAACACUAGUACGUCUCAGAGCUACGCACAAUGGCAAGUCCUUUGUUUUCUUAUUUGCUUCAGCAGCAUUGUAGGUAAUGAAACAAUGUAUAAAUAGAAUGUCAUAGUAAUGUGAAAUAAAGCCAUAGAAAUGACUAUUCAUAUUAUCAAUGACAAUGCAUUUCAGUAAAGAGCCCAGUUGGGAUGUGUGAACCAAUAAAGCUAUUAUACAGCAAA